AUGGCUGCUCCUCCUGCUAGAGCUCGGGCUGAUUACGAUUACCUUAUUAAACUUCUGUUGAUCGGAGACAGCGGUGUGGGUAAGAGUUGCCUCCUCUUACGUUUCUCAGAUGGCUCGUUUACCACUAGUUUCAUUACAACUAUUGGAAUUGAUUUCAAGAUAAGGACUAUAGAGCUGGAUGGGAAGAGAAUUAAGCUACAGAUCUGGGAUACUGCUGGACAGGAGCGGUUCCGGACUAUCACAACUGCAUACUACCGUGGUGCGAUGGGCAUUUUGCUUGUGUAUGAUGUGACCGAUGAAUCAUCUUUCAACAACAUCAGGAACUGGAUCCGUAACAUUGAGCAGCAUGCAUCUGAUACUGUCAACAAGAUUUUAGUGGGGAACAAGGCUGAUAUGGAUGAAAGCAAAAGAGCUGUGCCCAAAUCUAAGGGCCAAGCUCUUGCAGACGAAUAUGGAAUCAAGUUUUUUGAGACUAGUGCCAAGACAAACUUAAACGUUGAGGAAGUUUUCUUUUCAAUUGCUAAAGACAUCAAGCAAAGACUUGCAGAUACCGAUGCAAAAGCUGAGCCACAAACUAUCAAAAUCAACCAAUCCGACCAAGGUGCAGGGACAUCUCAAGCUACGCAGAAAUCAGCGUGUUGCGGUUCAUAA